AAAAACAACUUUCGUCAAAGUGAUCGCCAGCCUACAACGGCGACGCUUCAUAAUUUUCAUACUUACACAACUACUAAUCUAUUCAUGUGAAUUGCUCCGAUCAGUAAUUCCUCCCCCAUUUCUCAUCCUGUGCUUCACUGUUUCCACCGACCACCUCCUUCCCGUCGUCCUUGCUAUUCGCUCCUUUCUUAUUCCUUCAAGCCUGCUUGUGCUAUACUAUCUUUGGCUUCUAUUACGUAGUCUAGGGAUUAGAAAUUACAACGAAAAGAGGAGUAAUCGAACACGAACGAGACAAUCCCCUCAUUGUGUGUCUCGCCUCUCAGUCGACGUAAUAUCAAACAAGUGGAGGUGCCCUCUAGAGUUGUCGACACUCUAUUCCUGUUUAUACCCUUCUAACCCCCUUUACGUACCUAUCUCGAUUAUCCCGCCGACAUGCGUCCCGAGGUUGAGCAGGAGCUUGCUCACACGUUGCUCGUUGAGCUUCUUGCCUACCAAUUUGCCUCUCCCGUGAGAUGGAUCGAAACACAAGAUGUCUUCCUUGGUGAGAAGACGGCUGAGCGUAUCGUUGAAGUCGGCCCGGCGGAUACUCUAGGUGUAAUGGCGAAGAGAACGAUCGCAUCUAAAUAUGAAGCUUUCGAUGCCGCUAAAUCCAUUCAACGUCAGAUCUUGUGCUACAAUAAAGAUGCAAAAGAGAUUUACUAUGAUGUGGAUCCGAUUGAGGAGGAACCAGAACCCACUGCGGCUCCUGCGGAGGGCUCUUCAAGUUCAGCGUCAGCACCUAUAGCAGCCGCUACACCUGUUGCGGCUGCUCCGGCGCCGAGCGCAGGUCCCGCUGCAGCCGUUGACGACGUGCCGGUGUCUGCACUCGAAAUUGUCAGGGCAUUGAUCGCGCAGAAGUUAAAGAAGCCAUUCUUAGAGGUACCUCUAAGCAAGGCGAUCAAGGAUUUAGUCGGAGGUAAAUCCACUCUCCAGAACGAAAUCCUAGGAGAUCUAGGGAAGGAGUUUGGGUCAACUCCGGAAAAGCCAGAAGAUACUCCUAUCGACGAGUUAUCAGGAUUAAUGCAGGCAACAUUCAACGGCCAGCUCGGAAAGCAGUCGCAAUCGCUGAUUGCCCGCCUAAUUUCCUCGAAGAUGCCGGGUGGCUUCAACAUGACAUCGGCGCGCAAGUAUCUAGAAACGAGAUGGGGUCUCGGCCCUGGGAGGCAGGACGGUGCUCUUGUAUUGGCUAUUACUAUGGAGCCGGCAUCUCGCCUCGGUUCUGAGAACGAUGCGAAAGGUUACCUCGAUGAUGUUGCACAAAAAUAUGCUACCAACGCCGGUGUCAGCUUGUCUACAGCGUCAUCCGCCGGUCCAGCCGCUGGUGGGUCAGGAGGCAUGAUGAUGGACCCCGCUGCUAUCGAUGCCCUGACCAAGGAUCAGCGUGCCCUGUUCAAGCAACAGCUUGAGCUGCUGGCAAGGUACCUGAAAAUGGAUCUUCGAGCAGGCGACAAAGCCGCACAGACAUCACAAGAGUCGCAACAAGUGCUCCAGGCGCAGCUAGAUCUUUGGAGUGCUGAGCAUGGCGACUUUUAUGCAGCAGGUAUCGAACCCGUAUUUAGUCCCUUGAAAGCACGUACCUACGAUUCUUCUUGGAAUUGGGCGCGACAAGAUGCUCUCAGCAUGUAUUACGACGUUAUCUUUGGCCGGUUGCAGGCUGUCGACAGAGAAAUCGUCAGUCAAUGCAUUCGCAUCAUGAGUAAAUCAAAUCCCUUGCUACUCGAAUUCAUGCAGUAUCAUAUUGAUAAUUGCCCCACGGACCGUGGAGAGACUUAUAAACUGGCUAAGGAGCUUGGACAGCAGUUAAUUGAAAAUUGCAAAGACGUCCUAGAUGUCGCGCCAGCUUAUAAGGAUGUAGCUAUCCCGACGGGUCCGCACACCUCCAUAGAUGCUCGUGGCAAUCUCAACUAUGAAGAAAUCCCUAGACAGAGCUGCCGCAAACUCGAGCAUUACGUCCGGCAAAUGGCGGAAGGCGGGAAGAUCUCCGAGUACGGCAAUCGGACCAAGGUGCAGAACGAUCUCGGGCGCCUUGUCAAACUCAUUAAAGAGCAACAUAAGAUGUCCAAGACCGCGAAGCUAGAAUUCAAGAACCUCUAUGGGAAUGUUCUUCGUUCGCUUGCCAUGAAUGAGAGCCAGAUUUUACCUAAGGAUUCUGGAAAGGCCAAUGGUCCCCUCAAAAAACCCACGUUGAAGCCCAAUGGUCAAAAUGGAAAGGGCAAGAUGGAAACUAUUCCUUUCCUACACCUUAAGCGCCACAACUUGCACGGUUGGGAAUACAGCAAACGACUAACAGGCAUUUAUCUGGACUGCUUGGAGGAGGCUGCUAAGGCCGGCGUCACUUACCAGGAUAAAUAUGUUCUCAUGACUGGUGCUGGUGCUGGCUCGAUCGGCGCCGAAGUUCUGCAGGGUUUGAUCAGCGGAGGUGCCAGAGUCAUCGUAACAACCAGUCGUUUUUCGCGACAGGUAACUGAGUAUUACCAGGCUAUGUAUGCUAGAUUUGGUGCACGUGGAUCCCAGCUCGUCGUUGUUCCGUUCAACCAGGGCAGCAAGCAAGACGUUGAAGCACUUGUCAACUACAUUUACGACCCUAAGACCGGGUUAGGAUGGGACCUCGAUUACAUUGUUCCAUUCGCUGCCAUAUCCGAGAAUGGCCGCCAGAUCGACGGUGUUGACUCGAAAUCUGAGCUAGCUCAUCGCAUCAUGUUGACGAACCUGAUCCGCCUCCUGGGCUGCGUGAAGACACAGAAAUCGGAGCGCGGCUUCGAAACACGGCCUGCCCAAGUCGUACUUCCGCUGUCUCCCAACCACGGCACAUUCGGCAAUGACGGCCUCUACUCAGAAUCAAAGCUCGGUCUAGAAACGCUCUUCAACCGCUGGCACUCUGAGGACUGGGCCAACUAUCUCACCAUUUGCGGGGCCGUCAUUGGUUGGACUCGUGGUACUGGCCUUAUGUCCGGCAACAACAUUGUAGCCGAAGGCGUUGAACAGUUCGGCGUCCGCACUUUCUCCCAGCAGGAGAUGGCUUUCAAUCUUCUUGGACUCAUGUCUCCUGCUAUCGUAGACCUCUGCCAAAAUGAGCCUGUGUUUGCGGAUCUCAACGGUGGUCUCCAAUUCAUUCCCAACUUAAAUGACACCAUGACUCGCCUGCGUAAGGACAUCAUGGAAACUAGCGAGGUUCGCCGAGCUGUAACCAAAGAGACCGCUAUUGAGAAUAAGGUCGUAAAUGGCGAAAACUCGGAAGCACUAUACAAGAAGAAAGUUAUUGAGCCGCGUGCCAACAUCAAAUUCGACUUCCCACCCCUUCCCAACUGGGAGAAAGAAAUCGAGCCUCUCAACGAUAGCCUAAAAGGCAUGGUGGACUUGGAAAAGAUCGUCGUUGUCACUGGUUUUGCUGAAAUUGGGCCCUGGGGUAACUCGCGAACCCGUUGGGAAAUGGAGGCGUACGGCGAAUUUUCUCUUGAAGGUUGCGUCGAGAUGGCAUGGAUCAUGGGUCUCAUCAAGAACUUCAACGGUCCCAUUAAAGGGCAGCCCUACUCAGGUUGGGUUGACGCCAAAACCAAUGACCCAGUCGAAGAUAAGGACAUCAAACAAAAGUACGAGAAAUAUAUUCUUGAGCAUUCUGGUAUCCGCCUCAUUGAGCCGGAGCUCUUCGAUGGGUAUGAUCCCAACAAGAAGAUGAUGUUGCACGAGAUCCAAUUAGAAGAGGACCUAGAACCUUUUGAGGGAUCUAAGGAGACAGCCGAGGAAUUCAAGAGGCAGCAUGGUGAUAAGUGCGAAAUUUUCGAGAUUACAGAAACCGGCGAGUACACCAUUCGCUUAAGGAAGGGCGCUACGCUUUGGAUUCCGAAGGCCCUCAAGUUUGACCGUCUCGUUGCCGGCCAAAUCCCUACGGGCUGGGAUGCUAAGAAAUAUGGUGUUCCCGAUGACAUUAUUUCUCAAGUCGACCGUGUCACAUUGUAUGUGCUUAUCUCCGUUGCCGAAGCUCUCCUGGCUUCUGGUAUCACGGACCCGUACGAGUUCUAUAAGUACGUGCAUGUGUCUGAAGUUGGCAACUGUAUUGGUUCUGGCCAAGGCGGUAUGAAUGCUCUUAAUGGGAUGUAUACCAAGCGGAAGAUGGACCACGACAUCCAAAAGGAUAUCUUACAGGAGUCAUUCAUCAAUACCAUGGCCGCCUGGGUCAACAUGCUCCUGCUGUCUUCCUCCGGUCCUAUCAAAACCCCUGUCGGAGCUUGUGCUACGGCUGUGGAGUCCGUUGAUAUCGGUUACGAAGCCAUCAUGGAGGGUAAAGCACGUAUUUGCUUAGUUGGUGGUUUUGAUGACUUCGGUGAAGAGGGUUCCUACGAAUUCGCCAACAUGAAAGCAACAAGCAACAGUCUUGACGAGUUCGCCCACGGGCGUACGCCUCAGGAAAUGUCGCGCCCGACUACCACGACAAGAGGUGGGUUCAUGGAAUCCCAGGGUUGUGGUAUCCAAGUUAUCAUGACAGCGAAGUUAGCGCUUGAUAUGGGCGUGCCAAUUUACGGUGUUCUUGCCCUUACCACCACUGCAAGCGACAAGAUCGGUCGUUCCGUGCCAGCUCCCGGACAAGGUUUGUUGACCACAGCUCGGGAGGCUCCCAGCAAGUUCCCGUCCCCUCUAUUGGAUCUUAAGUACCGCCGGCGACAGAUCGAGCUUCGCAAGAGACAGAUUCGCAACUGGAAAGAAUCCGAAUUGGAAUAUCUUUACGAGGAAGCAGCUGCCAUGCAAGCCCAAGGUCACAAAUUUGACGAGAAGGAAUACACCCAAGCCCGAGCCGUCCAUAUCGAGAAGGAAGCUGCACGACAGGAGAAGGAAGCCUUACGAAGCCUUGGAAACAACUUCUGGAAGCAAGAUAACACCAUUGCUCCUCUUCGGGGCGCUCUUGCUACUUGGGGUCUUACGAUUGACGACUUGGACGUUGCAUCUUUCCAUGGUACAUCGACCAAGGCCAAUGACAAGAACGAGUCAUCAGUCAUCUGCCAACAAUUGCGUCAUCUCGGCCGCAAGAGGGGCAACGCUGUUUUGGGUGUCUUCCAGAAGUAUCUCACCGGUCAUCCGAAGGGUGCUGCGGGAGCUUGGAUGUUCAACGGCUGCUUGCAAGUUCUAAACAGCGGCUUGGUUCCCGGCAACCGCAACGCUGAUAACGUUGACAAAGACAUGGAAAAGUUUGACCUGAUUGUGUAUCCCAGUCGAAGCAUCCAAACCGAUGGUGUAAAGGCCUUCUCGCUUACUUCCUUCGGUUUCGGCCAAAAGGGCGCCCAAGCAGUCGGCGUACACCCCAGGUACUUAUUUGCCACUCUCGACAAAGAGACGUAUGUGGAGUAUUCUACCAAGGUCAUGGCUCGUCAGAAGAAAGCGUACCGCUACAUGCAUAACGGUAUAGUCAAUAACGCAAUCUUCCAAGCCAAGAACCACGCGCCAUACAGUGACGACCAGCUCACCGCUGUCCUUCUCAACCCCGACGCCAGGGUCACGGAGAAUGUGAAGACGGCUGAACUCGCCUACCCUACCGAUUUCGCCCAACAGGCUGCUCGUCCCCACACUAUAAAGGCGAAAAACACCAAGGAGGUGGUAGAGAGCCUAGCUCGAAGUCUCCAGACAGGGAAGAAUAACAAGGUCGGUGUUGAUGUAGAAGACAUCGCAGCCAUCAAUAUCGAAAACCCUACAUUCAUCGAGCGCAACUUCACAGACAAGGAGAUUGCGUACUGCAAGAAGAUGCCAAGCCCACAAAGCUCCUUCGCCGGAAGGUGGAGUGCGAAGGAGGCUGUCUUCAAAAGUCUAGGUGUCCAAAGUAGAGGCGCUGGUGCGCCCUUAAAGGACAUCGAGAUUCUUCCGAGUGAGAACGGUGCUCCUGUCGUCUCGCUUCAUGGCGAUGCUCAAGAAGCCGCAAAGAAAGCAGGUGUGAAGGAGAUUAGCGUCUCUAUCUCACAUUCGGAGACACAAUCCAUCGCCAUUGCCGUCGCGACCUUUUAAACCAGCUUAGGUUUUUCGAUUUAUUUCUGUACAACUGGUGUGGUGCGUUUUCGUCGUUUUGGGUUCUUGGCUUCACUGUAUAUCCCUCUGUAGACAACUAGAGAAUGUAAGAGAGCCAUUGCAUUUAUUAGAAACGCAGUCAAUGAGGAUGGUACGAAUGGAAGAGAUAUCGGAUGACUAGCAAGUAUCAUCUUGGACAGGCUUAGUCCGAGAAGAAAAUAUAAUAAUUGUUCAAUAACUUACGAUAGACUUUGACAUCAAGGAUGUAGACCUCAGUGAUAUACCAGAUAUUCGUAGAGUAAGGUACUUGACUAUCUGCUUUUGAAA